CCAACAAAUGUAAUCAUGAAAACGGAUACAGUACGGGAACGAAAUAGACGUCUCCUCUAUAGGUCACGGCCAGUGUUAUAAACCUCCCACUGGCGGGCUACAGAAAUUACUAGUGUUUAACCCCCACUAGUAGGGUUACAGAAACGAACCGGUUCUAUCAGAAACAUGUCGACAUGUGCUAGUGUUUAACCCCCACUAGCAGGAUUACAGAAACAUGUGCUAGCGUUUAACCCCCACUAGCGGGAUUACAGAAAUAACAUGACCAUAUCGGAGACAAAACAGGCUGAAGUUAACAGAAAAUCAUUCUUUACAAAUAACUUUCAAGUCAUCAGGACAAUCACAUGAACUUCAAGUAGGCAUGCUCAAUUUCAUGAAAAGCACAAAACAUUUCACUUCAAAUCAGUCAUGCUCGUGUAAAACGGGUUUAGUCUCGCCACCACUUCAAAAACAAAUCAAAACAUGCUUUUAAAACAAUGGGGACGCUGGAAAAUGGCUGGGUUCACUUCGGCUGCAGCAGGGAGAAAAACAGAGCAGACGCGAAAAUGGCUGGGAGAAGGAAGGAAAGAAAAGAAAAAGGAAAAAGAGAUGAGUCAGCCGGCCUUAUCCAAUAAGAGUUUUAACCCCUUUAAGGUCUACCACGAAAUAUCCAUACAUUGGAUACCCAUGCAUCUCGUUGAUUUCUUGCUUUGAAAAAAGCUGUCCCCUCAAAUAAUAGAGGGCCUACAUACUAGCCGAAACUAUUACAAGUUGCUUGUCUUCAUUUUGUUUUCACUGGUUCAACAAUUGAUGUGUCCGACAUUUCCGGCUUUUCAAGAACGCGGUCCUUACUGUUCCCUGCUUUUCAAAAUGUUAAAGCUGAAAUGCAGGCAUUACUAUUAUGAAUAGGAGUUCUUCUCUAUAAUUACAAGCCACGUCUAUAUGCCUGAAGCAGGCUUGUUCUGUUCCCCAAUAAACAUUAGUCUCCCAUCCAUCAAGUCUUAAUUUCUUUUAUGAUAUAAUAAUAAGUUACUGUUCUA